CUGCGCAAGUACAUCCAACAACUGCACAAGCUUUUUAUUCAACAACCAUGCCAACUCAUCAAACUGAAGAAUUAACCAAACAAAGAUAUCCUAAUAUUAGAGUUCCAAGAUCGAUUGAUAACUGGAUAAAUGAAACUAAUGAAAUUAACCACAAUUUUGAUGUUGAAAUUGAUAUUAAUGAUAGCGGUAACGAUUAUCUAAUAGACUUUUUAAUGGAUGAAAUACGACUUGAAGACUUUAAUGAAGAGGUGAAUCAUUCACGAUUGUGUCUCAA